AUGCUCCUCAAGAGACAUCUUCAUCCCACGCCCGAAGCUUCGCGACAAGGUAAUGUGGGGGGAAAGGGUGAGGGAGGCGGGAGGAAGAGCUACGGGACGAAAGGCUGCAAGGAGGAAGAGGAGGCAGUGGCAGUGAUUGCUGGAGUGCUGAGGGAGAAAUUCGAGCCUCAGAUUGUGAGAGAGGAGUUGGAGGAGUGGGGGAGUGGGACAGGAAGCAGCAAGGACGAAGAGGGGGUGGGGAAAGUGAAAAAGGAGGAGGAAGGGGACGAUGAGGAGGAGGAGAAGGAGGAAGAGGAGGAGGAGGAGGAUGGGGAGGAAGCAGAAGCAGAAGCGAGUGAGGAGGACGCACCACCCACCACAUCUCCUCCCACGCCCCCUCCUCUACUCAACAAGCGGCGGGCUGUAUCUCCCGCCUCCCUCCUCUCCCUCUACUGCUUCUUCUCCUCCCAUCUCGACAUCUCCUCCCCUUUCACUGUCGCUUCCGUCCUCGCCUCUCACCCUGCCCUCCUCCGCUCCAAUCCCACCAAUGACCUCCUGCCACGUGUCCGUCUCCUACAUUCGUAUGGCAUAUCUCAAGCUGACAUUGCCUUCAUCACUGAGAAAGGAGCAGCCUGGCUCCGAGUCCCUCUUCCACAACUUCAAAGCACCCUUGAGUUCCUUUUGGCUCAAGGCGUCCGCCACAGCAGAUUGGGCUCGGUGCUUCGACGUGGACGCAAUCUACUCUGCUCAGAGGCACGUUCAACGAACCUGGACAUUCUGGUGGAGAAGGCAGGGGUUCCUGUGGUCAAGCUGGGUUUCAUUAUAGAGAUAUGUCCGUCCUUUUUGACUCGGAGCAAAGAGGCUGUGAAUCUUCAGCUUGAGACGUUAUCAGGCUAUCUGAAGGUGGAAGUUGGAGGGAAGGCAGAAACCGAUAGCUCUAGCACAGGCCGCUUGAAGCAGCAACUAGAUGAGUCGCAUAUGGACACCACCAGCCUCCUACGAAGGCUUAUCGUGAGCUGUCCAGCCGUCCUCUCUAUUGCUCCCUAUCGCAUUGCAGAGAAAAUUGCCAUCCUCCAGUCCUUUACUCCCCCAGGCACCCCCUCCGUUGCAAGCUCUGUGCUUCGUCGUGCACCCAACAUUCUCAAUUUCAGCAAAGAGACUUUGUUAGCUAAGCUCCAGUUCCUUGUGGAGCUGGUGGGGGAGGAGGUAACGGGAAGAGUGGCGAGGAGUUACUCAGCGGUUCUGAAACAUUCGAAGGAGAAUCUGCAAGGCAAGGUGGCGAUACUGGCUGCUUUACUUGGUCGAGAGAAUGCUAUGCUGGCGGUGAAACAGUUUCCUUCGCUACUAUCUUCUAGUGAAGAUGUCUUAAAGGAGAAUUUCAGAGAGCUUGUGCGAGAAGUGGAAGAAGUUUUGGAGGGCAAUGGAGAAGAGGGGAGUGGAACACUAAGGUUGGAGGAGGGUGAGAGAGAAGGAGUGCCGGCUGUGAGAUGGGUGCAGGAGGCUGGCUCAUCUGGGGGCGGUGGCAUCUAUGCUAGAGGCGGGGACGUGCAGGGAGCAGCUGGUCGCCUACGGUACCUGAAUGUGGAUUAUGGGGCUGUGGAGGAGCAGCGGUACAG